CACCCGGUCAGAUGUGCGCAUGCGCGGAAGCAGGAGCAGCACGCUGCAGGAGCUGGUUGGAUUAAGAUGGCAGAUAAACCGCAGAUAAAGAUCGGGAUUAUCGGAGGUUCUGGUCUGGAUGAUCCUGACAUCCUGGAGGGUCGAACCGAACGCUUUGUGGACACCCCGUUUGGUAAGCCAUCAGACGCUUUGAUUCUGGGUCGGAUCAGAGAUGUGGACUGUGUUCUGCUCGCUAGACAUGGUAGGAAACACAGCAUCAUGCCAUCCAACGUGAACUACAGAGCUAAUAUUUGGGCCCUGAAGGAGGAGGGCUGUACCCACAUCAUCGUCACCACGGCCUGCGGGUCCCUGCGAGAGGAAAUCAAACCGGGAGACAUCGUCAUCAUCGACCAGUUCAUCGACAGGACGACUAAACGAGCUCAGACGUUUUUUGAUGGGGGGUGUGAGAGUCCUGCAGGGGUGUGCCACAUCCCCAUGGCUGAACCUUUCUGCUCCAAAACCAGACAGGUCCUGACUCAGGCUGUGAAGUCACUGGGCGUGGCCUUUCACCCCCGUGGUACCAUGGUGUGUGUAGACGGACCCAGGUUCUCCUCUAGGGCCGAGUCUCUCAUGUUCCGUCAGUGGGGGGCCGACGUCAUUAACAUGACCACCGUACCUGAGGUGGUGCUCGCCAAAGAGCUGGGGCUCUGUUACGCUGCCAUGGCCCUGGCGACCGACUACGACUGCUGGAAGGAGCACGAGGAGCCCGUGUCUGUAGAUAACGUGUUGAAGACGAUGAAGGAGAACGCUAAUAAAGCCAGCAGUAUUUUGCUGACCACAAUUCCACUCAUCAACCAGCAUAACUGGGACCAAACCAUCACCCAGCACAAGGGGAUGGCGCUGUCCUCUGUUAUGCUGCCCAAGCACUGAUACCGCUGCACCACCUUCCUGUACCCGCCUGCGCCUUGCUGCGCCUUACAGUACAGCUUGCUAAUCUCUACCUGUGUAUUAUUAUCUCUUUAUUAAAGUGCCUUCCACAGAGACACAGCCUUUUAAAAUAAUCCAGAACUUAAUCACACAAUAAUUUAGUCAUCAGCUCUUCCAGAUCAUUGUUCAUUCUGUGCAGGUUUCUGUCGGACCCACAGCAGUUAAAAUAAAAGCAUUUUGGGUAAUUAUAAACAAAUUAUAAACAAGGAUGCUAAUUCUUACCAUUUAUUUAAUUGUAUUUGUAGCGGUGGGUCAGUGAUUCUUAGUAUAUAGGGCCUAACCCAACCCAUUUAUUACUCAGUAAUGAAUCAUAAAUUGUAAAUGUUUUAGGUGCUGUAUGUAUCUGGUGUUCAGGUUCUCCAGCAAUGUCUGAUAAUAAACUGAUUAGAUCUGAUGAUUAGAUCUUUUAUAUUAAUACCGAAACAUUAGGAUGCUUUGUUGCUGCUCCAUGACUUGAAUGAUGUGUUAUUGAGGAAUGUGAGAUCCUCUGUCUGUGAGGUUUGAAACUACAGGAGCAAUUCACAUCUGAAUCUAUAAAGAAGGCCCCCGGAUUCAGAUAAAAGGGUUUGUGAAAUGCCAUGAAUGUAAAUGUAAACAGAUCUGAACUGUUAUUAUCCGUCUAAAUUUGCUUAAAUAAACUGAAAAUCCUGAAUCUUCUCCAUUUUGCAUGAGCGAAAGCAUUUAGAUUCAUUUCUGGCAAAAAAAAAAAAAAGAAAAGAAAAAAACAAUGCAGGAAUAUAUAUAUAAAACUCGCUGAAGAAGAUGAGGUGAGAGCAGCAGUUUCAAAGCUUUACUUCUGCUGCAAACAGACAUUUGGUGCCAGUGCCUAGAGAGAAAGCACCAACCAGAGGGCACGAAGCGGACGUCUACCUGUAACACAUCCUCUGUGCCCCAAACAGAGCUGUUCACAGUACGUCUGGUCUCUGGAGAAAGCCUACACUUCAUUAUCAAAUCAUUAGAAUUUACCAUGGCCGUACAUGAUUUACCUUCAUGGGUUUUUUUUUUGGUGGUUUUGUUGUUUAUCAGUUUGUGUCGACCGAUUUGCUUAUGAGGCUUAGCAUCUGUUUUCCUUAAUUUUUUUUGCCAUAAUAAAAAGCAGUCUCAUUAA